AUGCCUAGUAGAUGGCCAUCUGAUCUCAUUUCCUUCCUUAGAGCAAUUAUUAAUCCUGAUCAAACUAUGCGGGUAGAAAAUUUUGAAAAUGUUCAAAAUCAUGUUUAUAUGGAAAGAAUUAAUUGGAAAAAUGUUUUUGAUAGAAAAAUGAUUCCAAUUUUUAUUCCUCCAAAAGAACGUUUAGAAUCUUUUGGAAGACGUAAUUACCGUGCAACAAUUUCUGUGCCUUUCUCAAGAUCACAGCAACAUAAUAAAUUAAAAUAUUUACCUUCAAAAGAGAAGGGGGCGUCAAAUGAAGCUGUCGAAUUGACUCAAUCAAAUGAACUUUUAAAUGAAAUAGCUAAUUUAACUAUUAAAUUUAAAAUGUUUAAUAGAUUUCGGUGUGAAACACAAAUUGCUGAACCUAGGCAAUCUUUGGAUAUUGUGGCUAAUAAAGAAGGUAAGAAUAAAGGAAUAUUCAAAAAAUCUGGGCCAACCCCAUCCAUAGGAAAUAGGAGAACCGAGCAAAAUAAAAUUCAGAAAUGCUGUGCUUAUUUAGGAAUUAGCUCCCAAGCCGGAGUCAAGAUUCUUAAAUCUUCCCACUUUUUCGAUUCAACACAGCUCCAGCUAUACCCCACUAAUAAUCGUGGCUCUGGUUUAGUGGACGCAUAA